AUGGACAAUUACAUUGACAUCCAGUUUGCUCGAGAUCAUAACCUCCAGCAUCAGAGUAUACCACCAAGGCCUGUGUUCAAUGUUGAUGGAUCACCUAAUAAAGCCGCAGCCAUCAAACACAAGGUCUUCUUCACCAUAUCCCUAUCAGGACAACCCAUGAAGAUAGAAGCUUACGCCACAGUACUGGAUAGGAAUCCGAUCAUUCUAGGUCUAUCAUGGUUCAAAUGUUUCAAUCCAGUAAUUGACUGGAUCACUGGGAAAAUGCGCUUUUGUUGGGAUCAACUUCUACGAGCCAUCAAAACCCUGGCCAGCAACAUUCCGAAGUAUCUGGAGAAAUUUCUCUCUGUGUUUAACAAAAACACAGCGGAAUGGUUACCAGAAAGAAAACCCUGGGAUCAUGUGAUCGAUCUAGAAGCGACCUUUAAACCUCAGCGAGGAAAGGUUUAUCCACUGUCACCAGCCAAACUCAAAGAACUAGACACCUUCAUUGAAGAAAAUCUACGGAAAGGCUACAUCCAACCAUCAAAGUCUCCUAUGGCAUCUCCAUUUUUCUUCAUCAAUAAAAAAUCUGGAGAUCUCCGACCCUGUCAAGACUACAGGAAACUCAAUGACGCCACCAUCAAGAACGCCUAUCCUAUACCACGAGUAGAAGAUCUGUUAGAUCGCGUUGCCUCUGCCAAACCAACAAUAUUCACCAAGCUUGAUCUACAUGCAGGAUAUAACAAUGUAUGCAUCAAGGAAGGUGAUGAAUGGAAGGGAGCAUUUAUCACGCCAAGAGGAUUAUUUGAACCCAUGGUCAUGUUCUUUGGAAUGACAAACUCUCCAGCGACUUUUCAAGCCAUGAUAGACGGCAUCUUUGCGGAUCUACUACUAGAAGGAUGGCUAGUAAUUUACAUUGAUGACAUUCUCAUUUACUCCACUGAUUACUCGGAGCAUCAACAAUGCACUCAACUAGUCCUUCAACGAUUGAAAGGCUCGGAUCUCUUCCUCAAACCCGAGAAAUGCUUCUUUGACGUAUCAGAAGUUGAAUUCUUAGGAUUUAUUCUCUGA